AUGCUCUUUAUUAAUGACAUCUAUCUAACGAUUCUUGUGACUAUUACCACAGUUUCCGCUCUGGAAUGUAUGCAAUGCGACAAAAAUGCUGCAUGGUACUCGGAAGAGGAACACGAGCGACAUAUUGAGCUUUGUCAAAACGGAUUGAUACCGUCGACACCCUGUAGAAAUAACUCACACACUCAUUGUAUUGUCAGCUGGUACAGAAGUGGAGACAGUAAAGAAAAAAUCAUUACUGAACGAAAAUGCGGUGGAUUAGAAGACAUAACAGGCUGCACUCUUUACAACUCAAAAAUAAAUAGAAAGAUACGUCAUCUACUCUCCGUAGAGCACAAUAAUGGUGCCACACAUCGAACAACGUCCGCUCUUUUUGUUGAGGUUUGUAGCGAAUCAUGUCCUGAUGGAAAAUGUUCGAACGUGAGUGCUAUGAAGUGGGCUAUCAAUGUGGCCAUAAUUUCAGUUGUCUCUUUAUUGCAAAAAUAG